CAGAACGCGGGUGGGUGGAAUCACCGUGGGCCUGGCUUUCAAGCUUGGUUGCGAAGAGCCAUCACCGCUGUGAGAACUGACUUACUGCCUAGCUGAGGAGACAUCAGGACGGAUACCAUAUCCUACCACACCUCUUCUUCUCCAAGCAGUUGGAUACUGUUCAGGAACUUUUUGAAACCGGUCAACAUUAUAAUUUUUUUUGCCUUUUUAAACGGAAUGGAUUUUGAAAAGACCUAACCUGGAUGGUUUGCUGUCUUGUUAAAAGCCUGCUGUUGGAGUUUGCCAAGUUUUGAGGAGGUUGCAUCAAGUCUUUUUGGAGGGGAACUAACUGAAAGCCGAAAUAUGGAUCAAGCCAGCGGCGGGGAGGACCCGAAUAAACCCUCUAAAAAGAAGUCCAACGAGGACGAGAGUAAAAACAAAAAGCUGAACAUACAUAUAAAAACAUUGGCUGAUGAUAUGCGUGACCGCAUUACCAGUUUCCGGAAAACGGGGAAUAAGAAGGAGAAGCCCCUUAUACAGCACUCAACGCAGCACUCCACAGAUCCCCUCUUUACCCAGGUGGAAAUGCCUGUUCCUCAGCCCCUUUUUGACGACCGCUCUAUGAACCUCUCGGAGAAGGAGAUCAAUGACCUCUUUGAGAAGAUGAUGGAGGACAUGAACCUGAAUGAAGAACGCAAAGCCCCUCUGCGUGGAAAGGAAUUGAGCACCAGACGAGAAAUGGUGGUCCAGUACAUCUCCGCCACUGCCAAAUCUAUAACUGGAAGCAAAGUUCCGGGUGGACUUAGGAACAGCAGGCAUGAGAGUACACUUUCCUCCCAAGAAUAUGUCCACGAGCUGCGCUCUGGCAUCACAGAAGAAAAGCUGCUCAUCUGCCUGGAGUCGCUCAGAGUGUCUCUCACAAGUAACCCUGUCAGUUGGGUUAAUAAUUUCGGUCAUGAGGGUCUUGGUCUUCUACUGGAAGCGCUGGAGAAGCUGCUGGAUAAGAAACAGCAAGAAAAUAUUGAUAAACGGAACCAACAUAAGCUUAUCCAAUGCUUGAAGGCUUUUAUGAACAACAAGUAUGGACUGCAAAGGAUCUUGGGAGAUGAGCGGAGCCUGCUGCUGUUGGCUCGAGCCAUUGACCCAAAACAGACCAGCAUGAUGACUGAGACCGUCAAAAUUCUGUCUGCUUUCUGUAUUAUUGGAGAGGAAAACAUCCUGGAUAAGAUUCUAGCUGCCAUGACAAUUGCUGCAGAGAGGAACAACAAAGAGAGAUUUGCUUCGAUUGUGGAAGGACUGGAGAACCAUGAAGCCCAGCAGCUCCAGGUUGCUUGCAUGCAGCUGAUCAAUGCGCUGGUCACCUCCCCCGAUGACCUGGACUUCCGGAUACACCUACGCAACGAGUUCUUGAGAUGUGGCCUCAAGAAGAUCCUACCUGAGCUGAAAGAGACAGAGGAGCUCGACAUUCAGCUGAAGGUGUUCAAUGAGAACAAGGAGGAGGACUCCAUCGAACUCUCACAUCGCCUGGAUGACAUUCGCGCUGAGAUGGAUGAUAUGAAUGAAGUAUACCACCUCCUGUCCAACAUGGUGAAAGACACAGGAUCAGAGACCUACUUCCUUUCAAUUCUUCAACACCUUUUGCUCAUCAGGAAUGACUAUUACAUCAGGCCUCAGUAUUACAAGGUGAUAGAAGAAUGCGUGUCCCAGGUGGUUCUGCAUCGCAGUGGGAUGGACCCUGACUUUGGCUACAGUAAACGAUUGGACGUGGACUUCACCCACCUGAUUGAUCAGUGUGUGGAUAAAGCCAAAGUUGAGGAGAGUGAGCAGAAUGCUGCAGAGUACUCCAAAAAGUUUGAUGAGGAGUUCAGUGCACGGCAGGAGGCGCAGGCCGAGUCUCAGAAGAAGGAAGAGAAGAUCAAAGAGUUGGAGGGGAAAAUCCAGGCCCUGGAGUCCCAGUUAACUAUUGAAAAAGACAAGCUCACAGAGGCUCAGAGACUCAUCAGUGAAUCUGAAGCCAAGAUUGCAGCGGGUCCAACUGCGCCCGGACCCCCACCUCCACCACCUCUUCCAGGGGGUGCAGCGGCCCCCCCACCUCCUCCACCACCUCCUCCCCCACCUCUACCUGGUGGCUGUUUUCCCCCUCCACCACCUCCUCCUCCUCUCCCUGGUUAUGCUGGGAUACCUCCACCCCCCCCGCCACCCCCUGGCUGUGGACCCCCACCACCUCCACCCUUCUUUGGGGGCCCAGGCGGGCCUCCACCCCCCCCCUCAUUGCCUGUCAUAAAGCUGCCUUACGGACUGAAGGCCAAGAAAACCUACAAGCCUGAGACCGUGAUGAAGAGAGUGAACUGGACCAAGAUAGUGCCUCAGGAAAUGGCAGAGAAUUGCUUCUGGAUCAAAGUCAAAGAAGAGAAGUUUGAGAAUCCUGACCUAUUUGCUCAGCUCUCCCAGUGCUUCUCCUCGCAGAGCAAAGUGAAGAAAGACGUGAAAGAUGAGACUGAUGACCGAAUGCAACAUUUCAAGAAAAAGGCAAAAGAGCUUCGCAUCCUGGAUGCCAAAACAGCUCAGAAUCUCUCAAUUUUCUUGGGCUCGUUCCGCCUGCCUUAUGAAGAGAUCCGGGACAUUGUGCUGGAGGUAGACGAGGAAAGACUGAGCGAAUCACUCAUCCAGAACCUGAUAAAGAACCUGCCGGAGCAGAAAGAGCUGAAUGCGCUGGCGGAACUAAAGGGUGAAUAUGAAGAGCUCGUGGAGUCGGAGCAGUUUGGCAUUGUGAUGAGUUCAGUAAAACUGCUACGACCACGUCUUAACGGCAUUAUAUUCAAGCUGACGUUUGAGGAGCAGGUGAACAACAUCCGGCCGGACAUCAUGAAUGUGACAUUUGCCUGUGAGGAGGUGAAGAAGAGUGAAGGCCUAAGCAAACUCCUGGAGUUGGUGUUGCUGGUCGGCAAUUACAUGAAUGCCGGCUCAAGGAAUGCCCAGACGUUUGGUUUCAACGUCAACUUCCUUUGCAAGCUCCGAGACACUAAAUCCAUCAGUCAGAAUACCACUCUACUUCAUUUCCUCGUUGAGAAGUGUGAAGAGGCUCACCAAGAGAUUUUGAGGUUUCCAGAUGAACUGGAGCAUGUGGAGAGUGCCAGCAAAGUGUCUGCUGAGAUCUUAAAAAGCAGUUUGACCACCAUGGAAAGUCACAUUCAGAGGCUUGAGAACGACAUCGAGAACUUCCCCAAAACAGAUGACAAACAAGAUAAGUUUGUGGAAAAGAUGUUGGGCUUCUCCAAGCAUUCAAGGGAGCAGUAUGAAAAACUGUCAACGAUGCACAAGAACAUGCAAAAGCUCUACGAGAAUAUAGGCAGUUUUUUGGCCUUUGACCCCCACUCAGUCAGUGUGGAGGAUUUCUUCGGACAGCUCGCCAACUUCCGCCUGCUCUUCUUGGAAGCAAUGAAGGAGAACCACAAGAAGAAGGAGAUGGAGGAGAAGAUCAAGAGAGCCAAGCUGGCGAAGGAGAAAGCAGAGCGGGAGAAGCAGGAGCGCCAGCACAAGAAGAAGCAGCUGAUUGACAUGAACAAAGAGGGAGAUGAGACUGGUGUAAUGGAUAGCCUAAUGGAAGCCCUGCAGUCCGGAGCUGCCUUCCGUGAUCGGAGAAAAAGGACACCACGAAAUGGUGAUCAAAGCCCUUCCAGUCCAUCCUCUCGGUGGCCGGGUGCUAACUAUGGUAACAGAACACUAGACAACCGGCGCGCAGUCCUGGAAAGGUCUCGCUCACGCCACAACGCAAACCACCCAGCUCGAUGAUCGCCCACGCCUACCACAAGACGCUAGAUAAGUGCCAAAGAGGCCUGCGAGGUGGAGACUUGGAAGACAUCUGAAGGAGGGACAGACCGCCCCUCACUGUAGCGCUCAAACACAUAUCACUCACACAUCAACAAACAACAAGAAUGAAACUGCAGAAUCCACACAGAACUGAAGCGUCUACCAUACAUCACAAACACUUUUAAUUAUCAUGCUCUUCCUCUGAUGCCUUACAUAUUUAUUCAACACUUUCUCAUCACUCUCAAUAUGUGUGUCCUAUUUAGAUUAGGGCUGCUGCGGUUUAAAGAAGGUGCUUUUUGCUUGGAAUUACAUUUUGAUUCAUGCUAGUUGAUUUUUAUUUGUAUUUAAAUGCUUCAGUUCACAUAGAAAAGAGGCAAGGAGGACUGAACCAUAGUGUGCAUUUAUGGUCCUGACAAGCAUACGACAAACAGCACACUCAGUGCCGGCGGUCCUUUAAAUGCAAGACGGAGAUUCAACAGCCAUUAUCCUGCUGAUGUUUUCUUCAACAGUUCUCUGAACUCUUCACAGAGGAGGAAUAUGUUUCUUUGUAUUUUGUCGUAUUUCUGUCACUAGCAAAUGUACAAAAAAAAAAUCCCACAAAGCCAAGGGAAGCGUUUCCUGUCUGCGCCAAUAUUUCACAGCAUGUGACUCAUGGAGAUAUCGAAACUGUAAUCUCCGUUUUGACAGGACGCAUUUUAUUUUUAGUUGUGUAAUAUCUGACCGAUGCCUUCGGGGGCUGAUCUCUGUUCCAAGGUCGCUUUUGCUGUUCACGUGAGAGACUGACACAUUUCUAAAUGCAUAUAACUGCCGAGAGGGGCAAACCCGACCCUUUGACCUUUCCUGCUGUCACACAGGUUUCAGUGGGGGGGGGGGUUGAUUGUACAAAGGUAUAACAACGUUUUAAAUGUGAUUCUAUUUUAAUCUGUGUAUAUUUUUGUUUAUAGGAGGUCUCUCUCAAUAGGACAAAUGGGAACAAAGUGCUCUAUUUAGAAUUCCCAGAUUUAAUUAUUUACCCGUUUUCCCAAAAAUAAAUAGAUCAAUAAAAAGAAGCUAUGUAGGAAAACAAAUGUAAACUUAGGGUCAUAUGUACACAUUGUUUUCAACAUGUUUUUACCGCUAUGAAGGUGUAAUUAACAUAAACAGGGAUACGCAGCUUAAAGGGUAAAUGUAUAAUGUUUAAGAAAUGCAAAAUGUUCUUAAAAAAACAUGAAAUAUUGUAUUGAUAAAGUAAAACAAAGGUUUCAGCAUGGACACACACACACCUGAUUCUUGGUGUUAAUGUGCAGAUCAGUUGAAACUCUGCUGUAAGUUUUGUUUCUCCGUAAGGACCCAAUGUCACACCGUUCCUUCACGUGAACUAUUUAUUCAUAUAUUCAUGCCUAGGGCCACCCUGUCCCCUCACUGCCCUAAACUGUAAGCAGAUGCUACUAAAAAACAACCACUGAAUCCACAUGGAGAGUGGGCACGAGCAGAAUAUCGACUAAGGGGCACAGAAGACAAGAUGAUGCUUGUCUUAGCAAGUCAGUCUCCAACGGCCCUUCAAUUCCCUAACACUAAUAGCAUAAGUGACCCUUUUUACCAUAACACAAGUUACUUCAGUAAUACCAGAGCUUUGCUUCAAGCUUUGUGUGUUUGUGUGAGCGCCAUGCCAGCUCAGUAAUCGGACAGGAAACCAGACAAAAUAGGAUCCAGUGUGCUUGACUCCUGGGCUGAAGAGAUGGAGAUUUUUCAUUUAAACUAAUCUGCAGCUGCUGUUUGUGAUGUGUCUGUUUCAUGAUGCCUCCUCUCCCGGCCCGCAUGCUUCUAAAAAUGCAAUUUUACACAUCAACUCGGCUCAAGGUGCAUCCACAAUGCUCUGAGAAGACUGCAUAUUUAAGAAGACAAUAAUUCUCCUAAGGUGAACGCAGUCGCUCGGAGAAAGUAUAGAAAAUGAGGUUUCCGCAUAAGGGAUGCUGCGAGGAUAAGGGUUUAAAGGUGUGUUGUAUACAGCGGGGAAGGAGAUGAUUUCCUUUUUUAAUCUCAAUUUACCCUCUGUUCUAACACUACCACGGUUUAUGUAAAGUAUUGAAUAUCAGAUCCCCACCUACACCAAUGUCUGCUGUGACGUUUGGUGUUUUUCAACCCUCUGAUUGAAUACUGCACACGCCAAAACAACCAGUAGUUCAUGGUUGUCAAUUUGACUGACACUUUUUUCUUGAUUAUUAAAUCAAAUCAGAUUAUUUUCACAUGUGCCAAUUUCUUUUUAGUUUUUGGAAAAACAGAGUUCUCCCCAUACAAUGACGGAACAUUUCUGUUUUAAUUUUAUUUUCUAUAUCAAAGGGAGUACAGGUAUCUUUUUUUGUCAAAGUAUGAAAAAGAUUGUACAGACUUAAAAAGUUGUAUUUUAUUUUAACAAUUAUUUGAUGAAAAUGUAUCCAAUUAUGAACUGUCAUUCAACUAGGAGAUUUUGAUGUGAUAGUCAUGUGGUAUUUCUCAUCUGAAACACUCAAAAAUAUUUAGUUAGAUGUAAUUUAUUUGGACUUUUGUAAAAAUGAAUUUCCAUUGUAGAGCGUGAUGAGCUAGGAGCUACGGUGUUAGCAGUUGUAGAAGUUUCAGAUCAUCCAUCUUCUCUACAACAGUGUGAUGCAACAUUACAAGUGCAGGUUUGAUGCUGUUCAAUACAUAAAAUGGAUGGAGAGCAUCGGCGGAAAACAUGCCAGUUGUGUUUCUAAAGAAAGAAGAAUGGUUCAUUUAUAAUAGAAACUUCUACAAUGACAACAUUCCUCAACAUCCCUGUAAGUGAUUGAAUCCUUUCCCCCCCCUCAUUCCAUCUUUUAGGAUAAUCAGAGUUAUGUGUGAAUAUAGAAAAUAGCAGGAGUGUUUCAGGUCAAAAGAACCUGUAUUGUUCCAUCAUCUUAGUGUGAAAAACAGGCCUAUAUGUGUUUGUGCCGAUCAUCCCAUGGUAUUUUAGCUUGUGACUAACAAACCUGAACCUGUUGACUUGUGCUCAUGGUGAUUAUAGGAAUGAGGAGGCAGGGGUAUGAAUUAUUGACCAUCUGUAAAAGGUGCCAUUUUGGUGUCAGUUGGUGGUUUAUUUAAAAGAAAAGUUUCGGAUCUCACUCGGACUCAGAGACUGUGCACUUUACCUCACAAGAGAUUCUGCUCAGGCAGAGGAAGAGUUGUUUGGAUACGACAUUGCCACUAACAGAGCAAACUAUUUGCAAAGUCUUUCUUUUGGUAAACACUUCCAGCUGCCACAUAUCCAGUUCUUCCCUACUUUGUGAGUGCUUGCUAUUGAUUUGUGGAAGACCAAUUGCGGCUGAAGGAAUAAACACCGCUCAUAGCUGUUGGCAAACCCUGUCCGACCGUGAUGUGUAAGCUGCCAUAUCCCUGCCUACCCUCGUCGGUGUCAUUAUGUUUUAUUGUCUUAAGAAACAUUUAUAUUUGUAAAAGUUUAAGCUUAUUUGUAUCCUUAAGAACAUGAAUAAAUACAAUGGUUAUGCACACUGUCCUUCCAUAGAACAUGUAAUGUAUCAUCAUACUAAAUAAUAACCACUUUGUUAUAUAAACAGGUUUCUGAAAAAUA